CCAGGCUCCGUUUUUGGCCGUGCUCGGCAGCACAGGUCCCUUGUUCCCUUGUUUUUUCUCUUUAAAAGCGCCCCCGACAGCUGCAGCGCUCCAGGUUUCCUCCCUUCCCAUCCGAUUCCUUCCGCCUGCCCUCUGCCUUCUCCGCUCAGGCCCAUCACUCCAAGGUAAGUCAUGGGCGUGCAGCUGGAAAAGUUGGUUAAAAACCUUGUUUUUCCUUCAGUCCCCACAGCGCCUGGCUUUGGGGUUGGGCAGAGCCUCCAGUCUCGGACAGCAGUCGCGGUUUUACGUGAGUCGAGGUUUUACGUUGGUCAUGGCUGCCUGCGCCUCGGGGAUAGAGCUGAGGAUUUUUCCCCCCAUUGUGUCCUGCAAGAACGAGAAGGGCCGUACGCUGUGACGGUACGUGGUGAAUUCAGUGGCUGCGCGGGGGUGUUUACUGUUUUCAGCAAUAACCAAGUGGCCUCGAUCUCCUUUAAAUCCGACCUCCUGUUGCUUUUUUAGGUAUUUCUGGAAGAUUUUUAACAUAGAUGGUUGCGUGGGAGCGCUGUGCGGUCACCUUGCUGUGGCCUUUGUCCCACUUAGCCCAGGCGUAUACCGCUGCGUGUCGAUGUGCGAGGACGCUUUGCCUUUGGGCGUGGGGAAGCGCGGCCGGGGACGCGGGUGGGCCGAGAACCCAGCAACUCGUGACAGGGGUGGUGCCGCCCAUCGAUGCGCUUAUCUUGCCGCAGCUCUGCCUCGAUCCGCAGCGCCGCGCUCGACCGCCUGUCCUGCGGGCUCUGCGCCCACCGCCCUCCGCGCUCGCUUCUUGUCCUUUUUGGCCCUCGCCGCUGCCCGUCCGCGACGCCGCGGGCCGGCCGCGCUGUUCCUCCCCCCGCGCUGACGUCAGGGGCCGGGUUCUCGAGCCCGCCGCGCGCCAAAUUCGAAGGCGGGUGCGGGCUGGGCGCGAGCGCGGCGGCCGUUGUUUCCGUUAGGGCCGUUAGUCGCCUCACGCGCGGGCGGCGUCCUUCUCCUCACUGUUGACGUUCCUCGGGCCGCGGGCAGAGCGCGCCGCCAUGGCCACUCCUCCCAAGCGCGGGCGGCGGGAGGGCAGGAUCAAGAAGAUCGCCGUGGAGGGCAACAUCGCUGCAGGGAAAUCGACGUUUGUGAAUAUUCUCAAACAAGCUGCUGAGGAAUGGGAAGUUGUCCCUGAGCCUGUAGCUAGAUGGUGCAAUGUUCAGCAAAACUCUGAAAAGGAUUGCGAGGAGCUGACCGCAUCACAGAAGAGUGGCGGAAAUGUGCUUCGGAUGAUGUACGAGAAACCAGAGAGGUGGUCUUUCACUUUCCAGACGUACGCGUGCCUCAGCAGGAUCCGGGCUCAGCUCAGAUCCCUGGAUGGCAAACUCAGGGAGGCGGAGAAUCCUGUGGUCUUCUUUGAGCGAUCUGUUUACAGCGACAGAUAUAUCUUUGCAGCUAAUUUAUAUGAGUCUGAUUGCAUGAAUGAAACGGAAUGGACUAUUUACCAAGACUGGCAUGACUGGAUGAAUAAGCAGUUUGGUCAAAGCCUAGCGCUGGAUGGGAUCAUUUACCUCAGAGCCACUCCUGAGAAAUGCUUAAAUAGGAUUUACUUGCGUGGAAGAGAUGAAGAGCAAGAAAUUCCCAUUGAAUAUCUGGAGAAGCUUCACUACAAACAUGAAAGUUGGCUUCAGCAUAGGACGCUGCGAACGGAUUUUGAAUAUCUACAGGAAAUACCGAUUUUAACGUUAGAUGUUAACGAAGACUUCAAAGGCAAAAAGGACAGAUACGAUAACAUGACUGAAAAGGUCAAAGAAUUUUUGAGCACCUUAUAAGCCUCUUUGAAGCACAGGCAGAGUCAAACUGUUCCAAACAUCUGUGCGAUCAAAGUCUGAAGUACAGCUUCUGCUUUUAUAGGCGGCCUCUGGAGAGGCAGGACUGAAUCCUGUUGAUUUAAUUGUGAGGAACAAACAAACUUUGAAUAGGGAAAUUAUUAAAUAAAUCGGUAGAUCUGUUCAGUAUUAUAUUAAGUAACACUCACACAUUCUGAAGAUGCUAGAAUUCUGAGAGUUCCCAAAUGUUGCGCCUCUUCCUAAUCAGACCAAUAACAACUUCUGGAGUAUUUAAUUGUAUCGUUUUAAUUUAUUUUGUGCCUAGUAGCUAUUUAAUUUUCAAGAAGGUAGUGGUUUUUUAGACCUCUUUGUGGUGUGUUUUAGUGGAAUUGAUUUGUAAUGGAUGUCUCGUUGUUCUGAGGAAGAAAACAGUAAAAACCGUUUUUUGCUGGUGAGGGAAUUUUAAUAUAACCUGGAGUUUUAUAUUGUAAGGUAUAAAGAAAUGUCUGACAACUUUGAGUGAUGAAAUUAUUCACAGAAUACACUGAAUUAAAACAAAUCCAAAUAUGGCUGAACUUACAUAGAUAUCAGAUUAGUUUUUAUAUCUGUUUUCAUUGUGCACUGCAAACUAGGAUAUUAAGAGGCUUACCAUUCUCUAGUGCGUUUGGGUUUGUUUUUUUUUUUCCCCCCCAAUUUUUUUAAGCUCUUAAUAAAACAGCUGGUUUUUGUUGUUACUAAGUCCUCUUUUCCUGUAGAGGAGUAUGUUUGCUUGAUGGGUACCGUAAAAGGAAGAAGAACAUUUUGCAAAGGGCCUCCAUCUGUAAAUGACGUGUUUCUAAACAUUUCCUUAAUCACGUUUUGGAUGUCAGAGGUGGCUUCCUGCUUUUGUUCCAGCUUCUCCAUUUGUGAGCUGGCCCUCCUGGGUGCUUAUACGAGAUACUGCAAUAUUUGAAGUAGGCUGUCCUUUCUCAUCUUCUUGUAGUAAGAAGGGAAACCUCUGCGGAGUAGCUGCUGUGCUAGUGCGUUUCGUUUUAUUAACUGAGCCACUUUUGUUUCAGGUGCAGAAAAUAUAUACAGGGUACACAUCUCAAGUACUGUGUUUUAUGAGCUGCUUUGUUCUGCUUUAAACAUUUCUGAAUGAUUGCACGCUUGACUUUUGAAUGCAAAAUUUUAUUGUAAUGCAUUUUGUCUACCGUGGUGCCUGUGUUAUCUGCUAAUUUGAGAUGAAAUUUCUUCCUUUGUGGUUGGAAUUGUGCUGGCAUUCUCUUACCGUCGACCGAAAAAUAAAAGUGGUUGGAAAGACUUUUUAAUGCUUA